UCAAGCCGUCAACGAACAAGGUGAAGGACAAUAACGACAACAAUUUUCCCAUUCUUUGAAACGGGAAAGCUAACCCGUUUAAGGUAGUUGAUCUGUAUGAUGAGAGCGUUGUCUAAUACAUUUCGCUCUGUUAAGCACCCAAUUGCUAACCCUAAUUCGCCCAAAUUAUCUUCCCCAUCUUCAUCAUCCUCAUCAUCUCCUGUUUCGAAUUCACUUCCCGAAUUGAGGCUUAAUUCCAAAUCAUCCUCUUGGUGUGUUUAUCUCAUCAUUGCCACUAGUCCCCCCGUCAAAACCUAUGUUGGUGUCACGACUAAUUUCACUCGCCGUUUGAAGCAACAUAAUGGUGAAAUCAAAGGGGGUGCAAAAGCAUCCCGUGCCGGCAGGCCAUGGAUCUGUGCAUGCAUCAUUUGUGGUUUUACAGACAGAAGUGAAGCUUGUAUGUUUGAAUCAAAAUGGAAAGCUUCGUCAAGAGAAGUUCCCCGGAAAAGGCAAAAUAAGCAGAUUGAUGAUUCAUCAACUGCAUUGCUGCAGCAGAGACAGGAAGCUCUAAACAGAGUGAAAAGUUCACUUGAUUGCAAUCACUUGCAAAUCAACUGGCAUUUGAAUCCAUUGUGAUUCACCGUCCAAGAUUUUUAGUGACGUGCCUAACGAAUUAUUUAAUUGCAAUCUGUCCAAAUGCCAAGGACAAAGGACACGACUCCAAAUAUUUCAAGUGCAGUUGUACCAUAUAAAUUAAAGGGUUCUUGUAAACUAAAAAUAAAUAUCAUUUUCCCUCAUUUUUAUCUUGCUCCCAUUUUCUUUUUUUCCGACUUCUCUCCUUACCCAUAGAGCACUGUAAAGAGACAUGUUACUGCUAAAGAGACAGGAAGAUCGUGAAUUUACAA